AUGGAAGAAAAAGAUAGCAAGGAUAUUCCUUCAGUUGAGAAGAAAGAAGCUCCAAAACAAAUUGAUGAGGAUAUCGCAAAGACUACAGAUGUCGAUCUCAGCGCCGAUGAGAAAGAAGAUAGUGAUGCUGCAGACAAGGAUAAGAGCACCCCACAAAAUGUUAAAGAAGGAGAAACCCCCUGUGAAGCUAAUGAUGAUACAAAGGCAGUUUCUGCAAAGAAAACAGAUGAAGGAGAGGAAAAGGAAGAGGAGCAGCCUCCCUUACCGGCCAGAAACAGGUCUGAAGAGCCUGCGCCAAAGGAGAACCCAAUAUUGCAGGAGUUAAAGGAUGCUUUUCCCAAUUUGGAGGAAAAGUACAUUAAAGCGGUGAUCAUUGCAUCUCAAGGUGCUUUGGACCCCGCUUUCAAUGCUUUAUUAUUCCUAUCGGAUCCCGAAUCAGGUAAAGAUAUUGAAUUGCCAACACAACCCGUGAGAAAGAUUUCCGAGGCGCCGGUGAGAAGACGUCAAACCCAAUUGGAACAGGAUGAACUAUUAGCACGUCAACUAGAUGAGCAGUUCAACCGGUCGCAUUCUCGCCGCCACCACCGUGACCGUGCAGCUCAAAAUACGCAUGAACAGCGUCUAAAAGACAGACAGAGGAGGCGUCAAAACCCCUUAUCUCCUGAAGAAAGGAGGGAAUAUUAUGGAAAUGCUGAGGAACAGGAGGAUUCGUGGUCUCAAUUUGUAGACAAGGACCUGCCUGAACUCACGGACAGGGCUGGGCGUUCUUUGCAGGACACAGCAAAUAAAGUGAGCAGCUGGAUCAGUGAUGCUUACAAGAGAAACUUUGCUCAAGGAAACGAACAAAACAACAACCAAUAUGGUCACCAAGAACAACAAGAAGAAUGGGAACCAGAAAUCGUGGACUUCUCGGCCCAGAAUGAAAAGAAGACAAGGCCCCAGCAGCCUGAGAGAAAGAGGUUCAAUUCGUUCGGUGCCCAAGUCGGUGAGGAUUCGCUAGAAAGCCACGGAAUCGCACUACACAACGAAGACGCGUUUGAAGAAGAUGAAGACGUCCCACCCCAAUUGCCUACAAGGACGAAGUCUGGUGAAUCAGCCGGAAAAGUAGUGGCGGAGACAGCCUAUAUCGAUACACCUGAUACGGAAACCAAGAAGAAGUGGCAGCCACUGCCACCGGAGCCAUUGGACACGACACCAACCAAGGUGAACGCCUUUUCCAGGGACAAGAAGAAGAACCCCGAUGAGGACGAGUUCUUGAUCAAUAGUGACGAUGAAAUGUAA